AUGUUUCGAGUGCUGCUGCGCUUGGCAGUGGUGCUUCUUGGGCUAACUGUGGGCCAAGCGGGCGCUGAGCUUUGCCUCGACGAUGGUGUGCCAGAAAGCCAGCGAAAGUACAUUCAGGAUGAUUCGGGCAACGACAUUCCAAUUGGAGUGAUUGAAUGCGGCUGGGCAUCUUCCACGUUUCUCAACAACAUGGCACUGAUGAUGAUUCAAGAGGUUCUCGGUUUUCAUGCAGUAAUCGAUCCCCGCGUGGGCGCCAGUGGAGCCUCUCCCAUCUAUGCAUUGGCCGGAUGCGUCGACUUCGACAAUGCCAAGGAAAAGAAUUGUGGCUCAGAAACGAAGAUCCAUGUCAGUGUGGACUCCUGGUCUGGAACCCACGCUGCAGCUCAGCAGAAGUUUGCGAAGGAAUACCCAAGGCUUGCAGCCGAGGAUUUGGGGAGUAUGGGAUAUUCGGGCGAAGAGUCCAUGUACGUGAGCCAUGAAAUUCUCCAUGCUGCCUACAGUGACUCCGGUCUUGCCUUGGACUUCUACAAAAGCUACAACACUACGCAUCACGACCCAAAGAAAUACUUCGACUCAAUUCACGAUGUGGACAUGUCAGAAUUGGCAUUGUGCAACGAGACGGUCAUGAGCCAUCCGAAUCGAAUGGGAAACUAUGCUCGCUUUUCUGGCGACUACGAUGGGGUUCUGAGCCAAGCAGACGGUUCAUUCAUCGCCAAGUGUUCAAACAAUCGUUAG